CCCACCGCAAGGUGUUCACUUUCGAAUUUUCGUGCCAGGGACCACAACUGGGUCGAGAUGGAACUAGCCACGCUCCUGUCGUCGAACUGGUCCAUUGAAAACACACCCACGCCCGCCCCGCGCCGCAAACGUGUACUCACCCCCGAACAGCUCCACAUCAACCGCAUCCGAUCCAAGGAGUACUACGAAGCCCACAAAGCCAAAGUGCUCGAGAAGCUUCGGCUCAACUACGCCAGCAACCGCGACAAAGAGCGCCAACGUCAACGGGAAAAAUACCGCCGCUCCAAGGCAAGGAAGAUGCAAAGGAUCAAGCUGCCCCAAGAAGCCGCCGUCCGCAUCGUUGGAGCUGCGAAUGACAGUCUCGUGACGUGUGCAGCAGUGGCGCCAACCCCGGAUUAUCGCCUUGCGGUGCGGUUUCUUCUAAACAACUAGUCUAGACGAUAGUACUCUAGACACCCCAUAUUUAGCACGUUGAACGUCGCGCUGUGUGCAUGA